AUGUUGUCCAGCCUGAACGAGUGGCUGUGGCAGGAGAAGUUCUGGCUGCCCUCCAACAACACAUGGGCGGACCUGGAGGACCGGGAUGGCAUGGUCUUUGCCCACCCUCGGGACCUGCUGGCAGCCCUGCCCCUGGCCCUGGCCCUGCUGGCUGUGCGCAUGGCCUAUGAGAGGUUUGUGGCGCUGCCCCUGAGCCGGUGGCUGGGUUUGCAGGACCGAAUCCGGAAGCCAGUGACACCCAACCCCACACUGGAGAAAUAUUUCCUCACACAGAGCCGGAGACCCAAGGAGCCCCAGAUGGCCCUCCUGGCCAACCAGUGUGGCCUCACCCUGCGACAGACCCAGCGGUGGUUCCGGCGCCGCUGGAACCAGGAACAGCCCACGCUAAGCAAGAAGUUCUGUGAGGCCAGCUGGAGAUUCUUGUUCUAUCUGUGUACCUUCCUGGGUGGCCUCUUGGUCCUGUACCACGAGUCGUGGCUGUGGGAGCCAAGGAUGUGUUGGGAAAAUUAUCCAAACCAGCCCCUGAAGCCCGCCCUGUACUGGUGGUACCUCCUCGAGCUGAGUUUCUACAUCUCCCUGCUGAUGACUUUGUCCUUCGACAUCAAACGCAAGGACUUCAAGGAGCAGGUGGCCCACCACUUCGUGACCAUCACCCUGGUCACCUUCUCCUACAGCUCCAACCUGCUCCGCAUUGGCUCCCUGGUGCUGCUGCUGCAUGACGCCUCUGACUAUCUGCUGGAGGCUUGUAAGAUGUUCAACUACAUGCGCUGGAGGUUUACUUGUGACACACUCUUCCUCAUCUUCUCCGGCGUCUUUCUCUACACACGCCUCGUGCUUUUCCCCAUGAAGAUCCUCUACACCACGUACUAUGAGUCCAUCAUCGACCGGGAACCCUUCUUUGGCUACUACUUCUUCAACGGCCUCCUGAUGAUGCUGCAGCUGCUGCACGUGUUCUGGUCGGUCCUCAUCCUGCGCAUGAUUGUUAAAUUCAUGAAGAAAGGCCAGAUGGAGAAGGACAUCCGCAGUGACGUGGAGCAGUCAGACCUGAGUGAGGAAGAGGCCACCCAGAAGCACCCACAGCUAAGGAACGGGUCAGCGAGCACAGGCGGCCCCCGGAGCCGUGUGACCGGACGGCUGACCAACGGACACACAGCACCCAUGUAG